AGAGAAAAAUGAGUGAUAUUCCAUUACCUGGUCCACAUCAUUUAUCACUCAUACCAUCCUCUUCCAACUUCAAUUCUCCAUUAACAACAACAAAACUCUCACUUACCAAUUAUUUCACCUCUCAUACUUCACACCGUGCAUGGCGUCGCCCUGCGUCACGGACGCUGCCCGCGCGGCCGCCUGCAGGGACGGGGCGGCGGCGUCUCACCUCAAAACGAUCUCAAUCUUGGUCAUCUUCGUGACGAGCGUGGCGGGGAUGUCGUCGCCGGUGCUGCUGGCGGGAGUCUUCAGGGGAAAGGCGGUCUACGACAAGGCCUUGGUGGUCAUAAAGUGUUUCGCGGCGGGCGUCAUCCUCUCCACCUCGCUCGUCCACGUGCUCCCCGACGCGUACGCCGCACUCGCCGACUGCCACGUGGCGUCGCGCCAUCCCUGGAGGGACUUCCCCUUCGCCGGUCUGGUCACGCUCGUGGGGGCGCUCCUCGCUCUCCUCGUGGACCUCGCCGCCAGCUCGCACGUGGAGCACGCGCAGUACGCGCCCGUGGUGGCGCAGGAGAAGGAGGCGGCGGUGGAGCUCGGCGGCGGCGGCGGCGGCGAGGGGGAGAGGGGUGACGAGGUGGUGAAACUUAAGCAGAGGCUGGUCUCGCAGGUGCUUGAGAUUGGGAUUAUUUUUCACUCUGUCAUCAUUGGGGUGACUAUGGGGAUGUCUCAGAACGUUUGCACUAUUCGCCCUCUCGUCACUGCUUUGGCUUUUCAUCAGAUUUUCGAAGGCAUGGGUCUCGGUGGCUGCGUCGCUCAGGCAGGAUUUAGC